UCCAGGCAGAGACGGAUUCAUUUCAUUGGCGCUCGAGUCGGCAAAGUAGUCAAGAUGGCCAAAGUCCCUGACCUGUUUGAAGACCUGAAGAACUGUUACAGUGAGAAUGCAGAAUACAGUUCCUCUAUCGAACAUCUCUCUCUGAAUCAGAAAUCCUUCUAUGACUCAAGCUAUGACCCACUUCAAGAGGACUGCAUGGGUCAGUUUAUGACUCUGAAUACCUCUGAAACCUCUAAGAUAUCCACACUUACCUUCAAGGAGAGCGUGGUAGUAACAGUCAAUGGAAAGAUUCUGAAGAAGAGAAGGCUGAGUUUCAGUCAGCCCAUCACUGAUGAAGACCUGAAGGUCAUCGCCAGUGAUCCAGUAGAAGAACUCGUGGUGCCCAGGUCAGCAUCUUCCCUCUCCCGAAGCAAUGUGAAAUACACUUUUAUGAGGAUCAUCAAACGUGAAUUCACCCUGAAUGAUGCCCUCCAUCAAGCUGUCACUAAGUCGGAUCAGUUUCUCAAGGCGGCUGCAUUAACUAAUCCAAACCAUGCAGUGAAAUUUGACAUGGGUGCUUAUAAGUCAGCAGAUGACUCUAACCUUCCUGUGACUCUAAGAAUCUCAAAGACCCGACUGUACGUGAGUGCGCAAAAUGAAGGUGAACCAGUGUUGCUGCAGGAGAUGUCCGAGAUACCCAAAACCAUCACAGAUGGCCAGAUCAAUCUCCUCUUCUUCUGGGAAAGUAAUGGCACUAAGAGCUACUUCAAAUCUGUCGCCAAUCCAGAGUUGCUUAUUGCCACAAAGCAAAACGAUAUAGUGCACAUGGCAAGGGGGCAACCCUCUAUCACUGACUUUGAUAUAUUAGAAAACUAACCUUAGCUCUGGAGUCCACUCACUUGUGAAGUGUUGACAGUCUGUAUGUACCAUGUACAUGAAAUCAAAUCCUUUACCCUUAGUCAUUUGCUGAGCACGCGCUGAGCCUUUGUUAUUCUAAAUGAAUGUUUACCCUCUCUGUAAGAGAAGAGCAAGGUUUAGUAGAACCAACACUAACAUAUAAUGUUGUUUGUUAUGUAAAGAACACCCUGAACUUUGAACAGUACCAAUUAUUUUAAUUAUUAUUCUUUGUAACACUUUUAGAAGGACCAUAGCUAUUAACUAUAGUUACCAAAAGGACUCUACUCAUAGUAUGAAUGGGUUAAGUAAGGUGUGAGAAAACUCAAAAACACGUUCAACAGCAGUUGGCUUACAAAGCCAUGGACUCAAAAUUUCAUUCCAACUAUUUGCCUUCUGCUUUUAAGUUCCUGAUGGACCCUUAAGUAAAUAGCAUUAGUUUCUGGGACCUCCGUUUCAUCAUUUUCGACAUUGGAGCCAAUAACAUCUAUCCUUCUUGUUUCAACAGUUUUUUAAACCAUCACUGGGGUCAUUUUGGUAAAAUACUUCUUGAAACUGAGCCUCAAGGAGAAGAAAAAGCAUGAGAUGUUAUUUUUAAAUUAUUAUUUAUAUAUAUAUGUAUUUAUUUAUAAAUUUAUUUUAAGAUAAUUAUAUUAUUAUAUUUAUGGCAGUUCCUUGCAUUGUCUGAGUGUGACCAGAUUUCUUCAUCAACAGCAGUCAGUGUUUUCUAGGCUGCAUUUGACUUUGUUAUACCAGAGCACUUUGGUUCAAGAUGUACUUUUUUCAUAGCCAUGAAGUUCUGAAUUCUAGUACUUGGGAGCCUUGUAAUUAUAAAAAUAAACUUAUAUUAAUUACUUUGUUUGAGUUAAA